UAAGCCUACCAUUAGUUAUCUUCCCUUGGCUUGUCCACCACCAUUUCUUCAGCUACUCUGUAAUAUCGCUCUAACUUCAUGACGAUGGUAAAUCGUGCAGUUCUUGACCGCAUUAGAGGUGGUUACAGAAUUUUUGUAGGUGAUCUAGGCAGUCGAAUUGGCAAGAAUGAAUUAGAGAGGCAAUUCAAGUCGUUUGGACCCAUAACCGAUAUAUGGGUUGCCAGAAACCCACCAGGAUUUGCAUUUUUGGUUUUCAAAUACCCAGAAGAUGCUGAACGCGCUGUCAGAGACCUUGAUGGCAGAUCUGUUAGUGGUCGAAGAGUUCGUGUAGAACAUGCUCGUCCAUACCAAACAAGGAAACCAAGAGGAAAUUCUAGACGGAGAGGCAUGGGUCAUUCUGGAGGCCAUUGGCGUCGGGAAGAUCACACCAAUACUGCUGUAAGAUCCGGUUCUGAUUCUCGCUAUUCCAGGUCUAGAUCCCGUGACAGAAGCUACUCAAGGUCCAGGAGGAGCCCUUACUCAAGAUCUCGUUCCAGGUCACGUUUCAGGUCUUACAGUCGUUCGCGAAGUCCUGAAAAACUCUCAAGAUCAAGAGGAGGACAUAGUUCCCUGGAUAUUCCCCAGCGACACAAGAAAGAUGAGCACUAUCGCAGUAGGUCAAACAGCCGCUCUCAGAGCCCGCCCUUGCGCCCGAGAUUAUUUCGUGUUCUGGAUGACAUUGAGGAGUCCAGCCGACAACGUUCACCACGGAACCGGUCAGUUUCACCAGAUGAUCAACGAAGCAAGUAUUCAUCUCGUUCUAGACACGAUGCUAGUCAUGAUCUGGACAAUCAUGAUGGUGGUCAAUCUGAUACCAGUGAGCAGUCUGGACUGAGGAAAGAGAAGUUGACUAUGAAAAAUAGCCGGUCGCGUUCCCCUAGUUAUGAUGGUUCUGACUUGGAAACUGGUGAAAUCAGUGACCAUCCCAUGAGAAAAUCUCGUAAAAUGAAAGUGGACAGAUCUCCAUCUCCAGACAGAUCACAUGCUGCACUGUCAAGUCGCACAUCUAAUCCCGGCAGAUCUGAUAGUGAUGAAGAAAAAUGAAUACACACAAUAGAGGGGGAAUUCUUAGUUUUUUUUUUUUUUUUUUCCCCUUUCUCUCUCUCUCUCUUUCUCUCUCUCUCUCUCUCUCAAGCAAGAACCAGCAAAAAUGGAAAGCAUGUUGUAUUUAAACAAGUAGACAUUAGAAUUUUUUUUAAUCAAUUGCCUAUUUAAUCAUUAA